AUGACAAGUAAGCAAGACAACGAGGGUCACAGUCAUGCAGCCAGUCUGCAUUCCCAUAGCCAUGAAGAAAACCCUAGUCUAUUUGGUCAUUCUCAUUCUCAUUCCCAUCAUCAACCUAAUGAAUUACUUUCAUUUGGAAAGGGCUCUUUAAAGAACCCAGCAGUAAGAAUAACCUGGAUUGGAUUACUAGUGAACAUUAUAAUGGCAGGUUCCAAAGGUGUAGGUGGUAUUUACUUCCAUUCUCAAUCAUUAGUGGCUGAUGCGAUCCAUUCAGUAUCUGAUAUGUUUGCUGAUUUCUUAACAUUAGCUACAGUUACAGUAUCAGCAAAAAUCGGAACUGAAACAAAAUUCCCGUUAGGUUAUGGUAAAAUAGAAACAGUUGGUUCAUUACUUGUUAGUUCAGUAUUACUUUUAGCAGGGGUUUCUGUAGGUUGGUCUUCAUUAUUACAGGUUUUAGAAAUAUUCUUACCUCAUUAUAUUUUUGAAUACGUUUCAAUGGUUCAAUUAGGUCAUUCCCAUUCCCAUAGUAACUUAUCAUUUGAUGACGAGCAAAGCCAUGAACAUUCUCAUUCUCAUAGUCAUGGUCAUGAAAUCACUGAUGAAGGUUUGAAACCUGUGAGACAAGUACCUAAUAUUAAUGCUGCUUGGUUAGCAGGUGCUUCCAUUAUUGUUAAAGAAUUAUUAUAUAGAAAGACGAUGAAAAUCGCUACUGAAACCAAUUCUAAGGUCUUGGUAGCCAACGCAUGGCAUCAUAGAGUUGAUUCUUUAACUGCAUUUGUGGCAUUAUUAACUGUUUCAGGUGGAGUUUUGUUUAACGUUGCAUGGUUGGAUUCUAUCGGUGGUCUUUGUGUUUCUGUAUUAAUUAUAAAGGCAGGUUGGGGAAGUUUUAAAACGGCAUGGUUUGAAUUGAUUGAUAGAGGUGAAAAGCCAGGUACAGAAGAAUAUGAAACUAUUAAAGAAGCCAUUACUGACAGUUUAAAAGUCCAAGGUCAAAUUUCUUUAUCCCUGUUAUCAGUAUUAAAUACUGGUGCUAAUACUAGUAUUUAUUUGAAAUUGGUAUCCGAUUCAGAUAAAGUUGAUCUUGCUAAAUUGAAUCAAAUCGAAGAACAAGUUAAACAUGAUAUCAGACUUAUUGAUAAAUUCAGAAAGAAUAUAUUCAUCAGAUUUAUAACCAAAGAAGUUGAAGAUUUUGAUGAUAGUCAUGGAAAUGAACAUGAACACGAUCAUACACAUAUAGACACUCAUAAACACGAUGACGAACACAUACUCCCAAGUUCGUCUAAAGAUAAUGUACAUAGUCAUAAACAUUAA